AUGCGUCAACUGACAGUUGAGAAGACAACACGUGCUCACAAAAAUUACCAAGUAAUUUGUUUUCGUUUUACGAGUCUUUAUGCUGAUUUCAAAGAAAAUGAACGUUUCCACCCUCAAAAAAAACACAUUCGUAUUCAUGCAGUAGAGGAGCCAUACAUUUGUGAUACCUGUGGUAAAUCAUUCUCUAACAGUAGUAAUUUAAUUAUACACAGACGUAGUCAUACAGGAGAGAGACCGUAUCAUUGUGAUUACUGUGGUAAGUCAUUUGCUCGAAGGAGUGACUGUAGUAGCCUAAAAUCCCAUAGAAGUAUUCAUAUGGGAGAGAAGCCACAUCACUGUGAUAUCUGUGGUAAAUCAUUCUCUCGAAGUAGUCACUUAUCUAGUCACCAGCAUAUUCAUACAGGAUAG